AUAUCAAAACUAACCUUUAACAAACAUAACCUCAAUUUAUCAAAAAAAUGUCUAAAGCAGGUGCUAAAGUAAAAGCGGUUAAAAAGGCUGUAAUUGAAAAGAUUCAUCAUGGUAGAUUAAAUACGAAUAUUCCAGCAUGUUCGGCCGCGGCUGGACCGCCGUUGGGGCCUAUGUUAGGACAGAGAGGUAUAAAUAUCGCCGCUUUUUGCAAAGACUUUAACGAACGCACCAAAGACAUCAAAGAAGGAAUACCUUUACCCUGUAGAAUCAAGGUUUUCCCUGAUCGUAGCUAUGAAUUAACUAUAAACUUACCACCAGUAACAUAUUUCCUAAAACAAGCCGCUGGAAUUCAAAAAGCAGCGAUGUAUGGUAAUGAAACAGCCGGAAAAGUAUCUUUAAAACAUAUUUUCGAAAUAGCAAAAAUUAAAAGGCAAGAUCCUUUAUUACAAGUUCGAACCAUGGAAGAAAUGUGUAAUAUGAUAAUUGGUAUUGCAAAGUCAUGUGGGAUAGAAGUUGUUAAAAAUUUGGAUGGUAAAGAAUAUGAGGAGUUUUUGAAUGAAAGGAAGAUUGUUAUUGAACAACAAAGGAAGGAGUUACAAGAAAAGAGGGAAGCUAAAAUGUUGAGAACUGGACAAGCUGGGCAAUAACCGUCUUAACGAGAAGUGCUGAAAAAAAGAUAACCAAUUUUAUAGGAAGUGAAAAGGACAGUAAUGAAAAAACUCCUGUGGAAGAUUAGUAUAUUCAGUAGUUAUGUGGACUUAGCAUGUAAAGAAUAGAUUUUUAAUAAUAAAUUUUUAUGAAUUCAUUUUA